AUGCACGGCAUUUCUCUGUUUCUAACAUCUUGCCUGGUCACUUCAGGCACCAUCACCGCCGCCCGGGAAAUCAUCUUCCCUCCCGUUGUAGGCCGUGCCGAGACUUUGUAUCCAAGGCCCUACGAUGGCCAAGCUCCGAUCCAGCCACUACAGACAUCACUGUCAUCGCAUGCCGCCCAACCUGACGAGGACGAUGUGUCUCUCGAAACAGACGCGAUCGGAGGAUUGGCCUCCUUCGCGCAUCUCCCCUACGUCCCGUGUUUCUCCUCCCUGGCAGACGACCAGAUUGACCGCUAUGACAUCGCGAUCCUGGGAGCCCCGUUCGACACGGCCACGUCGUAUCGUCCUGGCGCGCGCUUCGGGCCUCAUGGCAUCCGUGACGGAUCACGGCGAAUUCGCGGCUAUCACUCGUGGAAUGUAUAUACUGGCCAGAAUCCAUUCUCGGAGUGGGCUAAGAUCGUCGAUUGUGGAGAUGCACCCCUGACAUUUUUUGAUAAUACUGUGGCCUUGAAGCAACUGGGAAAGGCGCACAAAAUCAUCUCGGGGCGUCAGGCAAGUAACGUGUCUGUUUCGAAAGUUCCUCGCAUCUUAAUGCUGGGUGGCGAUCACACGACGACUCUUGCUGCGCUUCGUUCUACCAUCGAUCAUUGGGGGGUGGUCAAUGUCAUUCAUUUUGACUCUCAUAUCGACACUUGGAAUCCCAAUAGGAUUGGCGGAGGAGUGUCUGAAUAUGCUGCCGUGAACCAUGGUACCUUUCUUCAUAUUGCGCAUGAAGAAGGCCUUAUCUCGAACGACAGCUCUAUCCAUGUGGGCAUCCGCGCACCGUUGUCGUCGCGUCGGUACGACCUCGCAAAUGACGCACAAUGCGGGUUCGAUAUUAUCACAGCGCGAGAUAUCGACGACAUUGGCGUCAAGGGCAUUAUCAAGCGAAUCAAGGAACGGGUUGGUGAUGGAAAAGUCUAUAUCUCGGUUGACAUCGACGUUCUGGAUCCUGCUUUUGCGCCAGCGACAGGGACUGCUGAGCCCGGUGGCUGGACCACGCGCGAACUUCUGUCCAUCAUUGACGGCCUAUCUGGCUUGAAGGUCGUCGGUGCUGACGUGGUUGAGGUGGCUCCUGCGUACGACAACACUGGAGAGACAACAUGCAUUGCCGCCGCGGAGGUGGCAAGAAGUUUGCUCACAUUAAUGGUAGAUGUCCCAGUUGCAGCCCAGGACACGUGA